UUAUAAAAUUUUCCUCCAAUGUUCAUGUUUUGUGUGUUUCUGUACGAGAUGGAAGAGGAGGCGUCUGAUUGGUUCAUUCAGAAGUUGAGUCCAUCAGAACGAGCCUCCUGCUCUGGUGCCGAAGUGUUAAGAUGGUUUGAAAGUUCUGAUGUAAAGUUAGGUUUUGUGUUGAGAAAUAAAAUGUGUCGAACUGACGUCAUUCCAGGGUUUUGGCUCAUGUUGGUCAGGAUCAAUGUGCUAAACCUGUCUCCAUCAGAGGUCUUCACAGGUCCACCUGGUCCCCAGGAGUCGGAUCAGGUCCUGUUUUACCGCCACAGGUCUCAGGUCUGUCCAGGACCUGGGCGUACCUGGUGUCAGACCGUGGCUCGAGGACCUGAGACGGCGAUGGGCGGGGAGACGUGUUCUCACAAGCUGGGAUCCACCAGUCACCUCCGACUUCUCCUCUACAUCCUGAUCCCCACUGUGACGCUGCUGGCCGCCCUGCUGCUGCUCAUCCUGGCCCUCACCGGCAUAUUUGGCAACAGCCUCUUGGUCUUCAGGCCUAUCGCUGACCGCAAUCUUGGUUACCAUGGCAACAGCACAACCCCCUCCCUCGCCUUUGAGGUGGAGAUCGUCACGUCUUCGCUACAAAACCGCAGCGACAGUGGCAUCUCCUACCGUGGCGUGAGCACACCUGCUGCUACCACCAGUGCUCCUACAGCGUCCUCCUCUCAGGCCACGCCCACCCAGCCAUACACAGAGCUUCCUGAUUGGCUGACCUCUGUGGCAUCACUGAGCAGCACCACCUGGCCGUUCAGCACCAUACCUACACCUGACACAGGUAGCUGUCAGCUGAUCGCGGAGCCUCAGUGUCACAUGUUGCCCUACAAUCAGACAUGGCUGUCCUCGUCCGCCACCGUGGUGAAGAGCUCAGAGGUCGACAUGUUGCUAAGGAGGAUUAUGGGUAUCUGUGUCUUAUUGUGGCAUCCAACACUUACUUUCUGCUGUGUGUGUGUGUGUGUGUGUGCGUACAUGCGCAGACGGGUGGUGCUGCCCUGUGUGUCGUUCUGCCAGGCAGCGAGGGAAGGCUGCGAACCCGUCCUCCAGAUGUUCAACGCCUCCUGGCCCGACUUCCUGCGCUGCUCACAGUUCAGCAAUGUCACCUCCGCUUUGUCAUCGCCAUCAUCGCCCACAGCAACAGCAGGCCCCGCCCCUUCCACCUGCUACAUGCCGCGACAGAUCAAAGGGAAGCCCUCUGUGUGCGGUGGGAAGGACCACUUCCUGUGCACAACGGGGAUUUGCAUCCCCCAGAAACUGGUGUGUAACGGUUACAACGACUGUGACGACUGGAGCGACGAAACGCACUGCGUGUGUUCAGACUCAGAGUUUCGGUGUAACACAGGUCGGUGUCUCUCGCCCGCUCUGGUGUGUGAUGGUUACGACGACUGUGGAGACCUGAGUGACGAGCUCAGCUGUGUGUGCGAUCUGGCUCGGGAACAUCGAUGCGGUGACGGUCGCUGUGUGUCCAGAGACUGGCUGUGUGACGGAGACCACGACUGUUUGGACAAGAGCGACGAGCUCAACUGCUCGUGUAAGAGUCAGGGUCUGCUGGAGUGCAGGAACGGUCAGUGUGUUCCUUCGGCGUUUCGCUGCGACGGCGAGGACGACUGUAAGGACGGCAGUGACGAGGAGCACUGCAGCAGAGAGCAGACUCAGGGGGUGUGUGUUCCCGGGCAGCCCAGCUGUAUCUCCGCCUCCUGUCCGUCAGCGUGUGUGGGGGGCAGCACCGCCUGCGACCCCCGGAACAGCAACAGCAGCUGCACUCGCUGUGAGCCAAUCAGCUUGGAGCUGUGCAUGAACCUGCCCUACAACCUGACCAGAUACCCCAACUACCUGGGCCACCAGUCCCAGAGGGAGAGCUCCGUGUCCUGGGAGUCCUCCCUGUUCCCCGCCCUGGUCCAGACCGGCUGCUACCAGUACCUCAUGUUCUACGCCUGCACGCUGCUGGUGCCCAAGUGUGACCCGGUUAGCCUACAGAGGGUCCCGCCCUGCAGGUCGCUGUGCCGUACCGCGAAGGAGAAAUGUGAGUCGGUGCUCGGCAUCGUGGGAUUGCAGUGGCCCGAUGAUUCGGACUGCAGUCAGUUUCCAGAGGAGGGAGGAAACGCCACCUGCCUGCUGCCAGAGCCCGGCGUCGACGAGUGCUCCCCCAGCCACUUCAAGUGUGGGUCGGGCCGCUGCGUCCUGGCUUCCAGGCGCUGUGACGGACACCUGGACUGUGACGACAACAGUGACGAGGACGACUGUGGCUGUUCUGAGCGCGCUCUGUGGGAGUGUCCCGGCAGCAAGGUGUGCAUCAAAGCCAGUAUGAUCUGUGAUGGAUUCCCAGACUGCCCCCUGCUGGUGGACGAGGCCAACUGCUCGGUGUGCAGGGACAACGAGCUGUCCUGUAACAACCACCAGUGUGUUCAUCGCACUCUGUGGUGUGACGGGAAGAGGCACUGCUCCGACAGCUCUGACGAGUGGAACUGUGUGUCUCUGGCCGAUCGAUCGGACUCUGUACUGACGGUGUUCAGGACGGCAGCAGAGUACCAGGUCUGUGCAGACGAGUGGAACCACGAGCUGAGCCACCUGACCUGCAGCCAGCUGGGCCUAGGGGUCCCCUCCUCGGUCUCCAUGGUUCCGGACCAGCCUGGAGUCCCGGGCCGCCGCCGCUGGUUACACGUCCACCCUGAGUGGAACCUGAGGAAUGGUUCUGCUCUGCAGGCCCGGCUGGAGAAGAGAGGCCACGCGUGUCAUUCCAGGAGGAGAGUGUCAGUCCAGUGCAGCAGAGAAGAGUGCGGUCUCCGUCCAGCCGUGGGCAUCUACCCCCACAGGAAGAAGAGGAUUCUGGGAGGGCGGGUGUCCCGGCGGGGGGCGUGGCCAUGGCAGUGCUCGCUGCAGAGCGGUCAGAGCGGACACGUGUGCGGUUGCGUCCUCAUCGCUCGGAGGUGGGCCCUGACUGUUGCACACUGCUUCGAGGGGAGAGAGAGUGCCGACCUGUGGAGGGUGGUGCUGGGCCUGAACAACCUGGACCACCCAGGGGUCCACAGUCAGAGCCGAGGGGUGCGCUCCAUCAUCGUACACCCACGCUACAACCGGGCGGUGGUGGACUAUGACAUCAGCGUGGUACAGCUGGACUCUGAGGUGGAGGAGACGGCGCUGGUCAGGCCGGUGUGUCUGCCUCAGCCCGGCCAGCUUCCUUCACCAGACUCCUACUGCUACAUCACCGGCUGGGGUCACAUGGGCAACAGGAGUGAGUCCACUCGCUUACCUACACCUGCCUCUGGUGGGUCGGACAGACAUUUUAAUAUUUGUAGCGAGCGCAACAUGAUGUUGGACCGCCGUUACCUUCUGGUUCUGUACAGCUCGUUUAAACAUGUAUUCCCAGUGGCUGUUAAGUAUGGCGACAGCGGCGGCCCUCUGGUCUGUGAGGAGGUCGGAGGUCACUGGACGUUGUUUGGCCUGACGUCGUGGGGCAGCGUGUGCUUCAGUAAAGUGCUCGGACCUGGAGUUUACAGCAACGUGACGCACUUCACCCCCUGGAUCCAGCAGCAGAUCUACAUCCACACGUACCUGACCGACUGACACGCACCGACACACUCGCUUUCAUUCCAGGAGGAAGUGAUGUCAUUGUCAAUCACACACCUGCGAUUCCUCUACCUGUGCCUAUAUCUAGACUGAUGGACUCCAGAUGCCAACCGCUGGACCAGCAUCAGUACAGACUAGUAGAUGCUAAGUAGUUAGCUGGUAGUUAGCUGCUGUUGUUCACACAUAAACAUCACAUUUGUUCUAUUAAGUAUUCACUUAAUGAUAAGUUCUUACUUUGAUCGCUGUCCUUAAGCUCCUGUCAAUGUUUAAGAGUUGGUUUGAGUGUAAACCAGAAUAACUACAGCUGCCACAUAAAUGUACAGCUCACUUCAUAAACCCUGACUAAUGGAUUUCAUAGUAAACCGUUUCAGUGCCACUAACUGAACUUAACAUUUUUAUGGAUGGCUUUUGCUUCUAUAAACAGAUUUUCCUGAUUUGAAAAGUUAGCAUUUCUUGUUUAGUGGCAGCAGUAACUCCUGGAACAGAACUUUCUGAUGUUCUUCAUCAUUUUUAUAAACAGAGCUUCAGUUUAUUGUUGCGUUAACACACCAGUCAUCUGCUUCCAUUAAUGAUCAUAAACACUUCGUUAGGUUCAGAUGUUCAGCGCUGAAUUUCUAAAAGCUGCUAGCUCAACCAGACCAGCUGAGCACUCGACUUCCCACAAUGCUUCACUCUAUAGUGCCUGUAUUUAAAUUUAGCUGUAAAAACUAUUUUGUUACUGUACAGUGUCGUACUGUGUGAGUGAGAGACAAUGACAGAGGUUUUCUGUUGCUUCUUAACACACUAGUUUGACACAUUAGUCACAUUGAGCCACCCAACACAUUUAUCUUGUGCUGCUCAGUCUUCACCCAAAGUCACCUUUCAAAUAGUCCUAACAUGAGGACACACAGUGACACUUUCAGCCACUUCAAGGACACUUACCUGUGUUAUCAGUGUACAGACGGUUGAUUCCAUGGUUCAUAACAGACUGUGGUGUA